AUGGGAGGAAACCCAGCGACUCCGUCAAAGGCCUGUCAGCCAUGCCGGGUCAAGCGACGCAAGUGUGAUAUGUUGCGACCUGGAUGCUCGCAAUGCAAGAGGGCAAACAUUGAAUGUGGGGGCUACCGGGACUCGUUUUCCUUGCGGCUCCGCGAUCAGACAUCGCUGGCGGCGCAAAAGGUUCAGAAGUCCAGAUCAGCGGGCUCGACUGGUUCGACGCCGGAUGAAAAAAGCGAGACACGCAACGCUGAUGCUAUGACUCUCGUGAAAAUUCAAGGACCGUCGCAAAGUCCAGAGUCACUAGCCAUGGGCUAUUUCAUCCAUGUCUAUGCGCCGAGUUCCACAUUCGAAUAUUUGGCCGAGCCUGCUGCGCUGAUAACAGACCUUCCAGAAGACGCUCUCUUAGCGCCUGCCCUGCUCUUAUUCUCACAGAAUUGGCGAUAUCCACAGGCUCGGUCUCUUGCUCAAAAACAUUAUGCGCUUGCCUUGAGGGCGACGAACAAGUCGCUUUCCAGCCCCGACUUGGCGACAAGUGACAGCACCCUCCUUUCCGUUCUUUUACUGAGUCUUUUCGAAGCACUGAUUUUUCAGGGUCGCUCUGAUCCUGUCAAUUGGAAUGCGCAUACCCAAGGAGCCAUGGAGCUGCUACGACUGAGGGGGGAGGAACAAUUUCAGCGAGAUCUGGGCCGCCGUCUAUAUCGGCAUGCGUCCUUGAAUAUUCGUACCCAGUGUGCUCAAGUCGGCGUGCAAGCCCCAUUGUCAUUAAGCACACUUGAGUCGUCGUAUCUCGACUGUCCAAGACCAAGGGAGCACCAGCAUACCUGGCUCUUCGGGCAAAUCGUCAACGGCAUUGCAAACUUUCGAGCGAGACAGCACGAACUCUCUCCAUCAGAGAUCUUCCAGAGUCUCCUCAGACUGGACUCGGCCCUGUCGAAGAUCCUGACCAAUCUUCACCGAGAUGAGCCGUUUCGCUCUCUGGACGCGACGACAUUGCAAAAGCCCGUAUGCGGCUUCCGUGGACGAAUCGAUCAGUAUCCGUCUUUUAGAGCUGCGCGCACGAUGAACACGAUGCGCAUUGUGCGGCUAUUCGUCAUCCAAAUGCUUGACCAGGCUCUCAUAUCCAUACCAGCUCAAGCGGGAGACAUGCAACCAGACCUGCGUGCUCGAGCUCACAAGCUAGUCCAGACGACCGCAGUCGAUAUGAUCUUAGAGAUCCUGUACAGCGUAGCGUAUAUCCUUGAACUUUACGACAAGCCGAACCUGUCCGCUCGAUCUCUGAUAUACUGCUUAUCGGGCGUUGCGGUCUUCCGCUUUGCUCCAGCCGACGCCAAGGACUAUGCAGUGGAGAGGUUGAAAUUUGUGGGUGAGCGCUACGGCUUUCCGCAGGCUAUUGAUUCGGCGAACAUGGUACUGCAGGUGAAGGAGCUUGAGGAUUGGAUCCAUCUCGCGGUGCUUUCGUAG